AUGUCGCUGAUUGUGGUACCUCCAUACAUAUCCUCUAAUGCCGAACCCAGGAUACCGCACAUGCCGCUUACGGCUCGCGCUGAAAGGCAGUCUCGACUUUCGCUCUGCUCUAUCUUUGCGUGGCUACAAUACGACUGCCAGAUGGCAGUGACUUGCCCGCUCUGUAUGACAAAUGCUGUUGGUCUUGAGACGAAAUCUGAUGGAUUUGGUUACUACCGUUUGAUUACACUAGCUGGACAAGACCGCGCUUUGGAAAGAUCUGAUAGUGCAGCAACUAAGUUGCCAACCAUGAAUAUAUCACAGACCUCCUUGCUUCUGUGUUCGCCUAAGGCGGAGCUGGCAAGCGAACAGGAAGGGAAGGAUUGUGAUACCUCCUCGGAGCAACUCUUGAUACCAACCGGAUCACUCAGAGUCCUGUACCAAGCGAUCUGGCAUCAUGCAGCACUAUUGAUUCAGCACUCGACGAGUGCAAUACACAUCACCAGGCCGCUACGAAAGGGGCUCUUGUGGAAAAGCACAGCAAUUCCAGCACCUCUCAAGUCAUUCAGAUAUUACCAACCCAAGGCGAUCUCGGUAUCUCCAAGCAAUUCAAGCACAAUGCAGUUCAUCACCACAACCAUCUUGCUCAGCCUCAGCGCUGCUGUUAUGUCCGCUCCUGCUGCGGCGCCUGAUGCUGCGCCGAAUGCUGCCGCCGAGGCGGUCCCAGUCGCCUUUGCAGCCCCAGCCGCAGCCCCAGAGCCGGUGUUGACAGGCCUCUUCGAACGAAGAGCCAAUGCUCGCCAUGUGCUCGUACGUCAGCCAUUGGAAUAUCUCAUGCCUCGCAAUCUCGCUAAUUUGAGCAGCAUCUGCACAAUGCCCAGCCGACAAGCCAGACAAGUACAGCUCUUGCACCAAGAUCGGACAGGUCGGCUUGGCCAACGUAAGUUUUUCAUUAUCGCAAGCAUUAUACUCUUGCUCUGCAACGUGCUGAACGGUAACACUAUCAGCGUGCCAGUCACGCUCAGCGUUCUCAGCUCCCUGGAGCCAGGUUCACAUGAGACGACGAGAGACGGGCAUGAUGUUGACGAUGAUAUGUAUGAUUUGGACACUCCUUGGCUUGCUUCGCUUUUUUCUCGUGAGAAACACGUUCGCUCCGCGCUCCGCGCUCGGAUCGUGAACAGCGUUGAAGUCCUCCUCCCUUGUGCUAGCCAGUAUCGUGAGGUGGUGUUCGGUCGGUUCGUGGCAGUUUCGGCUGCAAUGCACCAGGCUACAUGCGUUCCGGACCACGCGAUGACUCGAAUUCACCUGGGUCGAGCUACUGCACGAGGGCUCGCUCCUUCCCUCGGUGUCGAAAAGACGGCGGAGUCGCAAAGCCUCAAUGCGACGGCAGGCAUUUCGCAUUUCCAAUGCCUGAGCCCGCCGUCUGAAUUUGUUCCCCUUCAUCAACCUCCGCCCAGUUCGAAUUAUUAUUGCGGUAUCCAACUGCCUCGUCCCGGAACUCCGUCGCAGCUGACUAACCGCCACCACCACCUCGCUCACCACACACCACCACCCUCGGCUUCAAUCGACCCAAGCAACCCCUGGACGGACACCACUCCGACCUACUUCGUCUACCGCGACAUCCCAGCCGGCGAGCCCUUCGACCCAACCUCGCCUUUGCUCUUCUUCCCUCCAAAGGGAUCUGAUGAGCUUUUCGAUGCUCUUCGUCUCGCAUUCCCUCACUUGAAGACCCACUCUGAGCGCCUGCGUGAUGCUAUCAUCAAGUACCUGCUCGAGGAGCGCCACGACGAGCAGACGCAGGUCUCCCCAGCUCCAGCCCCAGCCAUGGACAUGUCAGUGGCGUGGCCGUCUGUAUCUUCAUCCGGCUCUGCUUCCAUGCUGAGCAGCCCAGAGAUGCUCGACAUGUCUACUCCAGCAUACUCCCCGCAGCCAACUGCUCCACAACUCACCAGACAAGCUUCGGUUGCAACGUCAAGUCAGCAAAGUCCACCGUCGUUGGACCAGAUGACGAAUGUAUUCAGUCUCUCUACCAGCACACUGCCAAAGCAGCGAGUGCGACGAAAGAUGACUGAGGCCGAGAAGGUCGAGUAUCGCAAACGACGAUGCGAAGGCAUCAACAACCUCGCCGGACCAUCAUCAAGCGAGAUGUUCAUGCUUCGUCGCAGAAUACCACGUCAAGACGUUAAAGUCAAGUCCGAAGGCCAUGAUGUCCCCGCUAGCAAUCCCAUGUUCAGACGAACCUGGUGCAUUGGCCACAACGACUCACUCGGAUCUCUCUCGCCUGGAGCCAACGGCGGUGCGUACCCGCGGCUCGAAACAAACAACCCAUCAAGUGCAUUCGGAAAGAAAGGCUCCGAGAUCGAGCGUGCUCAAGGACCAGCUUCCUACCCUGCAAAUCGCAAUCAACACCCCGACCGACACCGUCUUGCGGAAGCCGCCCAGUCUGCCAUCACCAAGUCUUCUCGUGGGACAAUCAUCCAGUCAGACUCCAAGACCAUCGACCGCAACUUGUCUGCCACCGCCAAUGUUACGUAUCCCGUCACUGUGGACAAGAAGCGAGACACGAAACGCGAGAAGGAUCACUUCGGCAGAUCAGAUGCCAACACAAACCUCAUGCUGGACCAAUUCCAGGUCAAAGAACGUACGAAAGAUUACUUUGGUCGUCUGGCGAUUCAAGCUGGACUGGAGUUCGCCUUGCUCGCCAUCUUGGCGAAUUAUGUCAACGCUUCGAUCUUGCUGCUGGCGUUCCUCGUACCUGUUAUUCCUACUUCCAUGGGCUAUGGAAUCGUGCAGUGCAGCGAGAUCAACUCUGCGUGGUUGCCUAACUGGCAUGCUUUGGCGGGUGACGGAAAGGGAAAGUGGAUGAAGGGAUUGAUGUAUCCUUUCACUUCUUCGCUCGCGAGCAGAAGUAUUCCAGGUCAUUCUGUUUGUUUUGAGCUGAUGCGAUAUUGCUUCUUGUUCAUUAGCUGUACCAAAAAUGAGCUUACGAUUACACCACAACCAUCUCGUAUCUAUCCCACACCACCUGUCUCCUUCCAGACCCUCCUUCAAGACUCCAACCCAGCUCUCGUGCCUUCCGCUAGAGCUCUGAGUGAAGAUCACCUCAAUCCGUCCUAA